AUGGUUUUAGAUCUCUCUAAAUUCCAAAGCUUAAAAUUAGACUAUACACGCCCAAAUCUCUCUGAGCAAGAGAAAAGCGCUCUUUUAGCCAACAUCAACAUCUUCCGUGAUGCCAUCGUCGCAUUCUCUGCCACUGGUGCCGCAAGAGGUGUGUCUGGCCACACUGGUGGACCAUUCGACACUGCCCCAGAAGUCUGUAUCCUCCUCGCUCUCAUUAACGCAAACCCUGAAAAGUUCAUCGACACCUUCUUCGAUGAAGCUGGCCACCGUGUAGCAACCCAAUACCUUCUCUCCACUCUCGACGGACACAUCGAUCCAGAGCACCUCCUCAACUACCGUGAAGCCAACUCGAAGCUCCCUGGUCACCCUGAGUUAGGUCUCACUCCAGGUGUAAAAUUCUCUUCUGGUCGUCUCGGACACAUGUGGGCUAUGAUCAACGGUGUUGCUCUCGCCAACAAGGACAAGAAUGUCAUCAUGUUGGGGUCUGACGGUUCCCAGCAAGAAGGUGACGAUGCCGAAGCUGCUCGUCUCGCCGUCGCCCAAAACCUCAACGUCAAAUUGUUCGUUGACGACAAUGACGUCACUAUCUCUGGUCACCCAUCAAAAUACAUGAAGGGCUACUCUGUUGCAAACACCCUCCAAGGUCACGGCUUGAAGGUUGUGCGCGCUGAAGGUGAAAACAUCGAUUCUCUCUACAAGGCUGUCUGUGAGGUCGUUGCGCACGAUGGUCCAGCUGCCGUCGUAUCUUCAAGAAAGAUCGCUCCGGAAAUCGAGGGCAUCGAAGGUGAAUCUCACGCUCACGAUGUCAUCCCUGUCGCCGUUGCCAAGAAGUACCUCACCAAGCGUGGCUAUUCUGAAGACCAGCUCAAGUUCUACGACAACAUCAAGCCAAAAGCUUUCAGCUACGAAUACAAGGGUGCCACCUCCGACAAGGGCGCCAACAGAGUCAUCUUUGGUGAGGCCGUCAACUCUGUCCUCGACAAGCUCUCAAAGGAGGAAGCUGCCAGACGCGUAAUGGUUAUCGACUCGGAUCUUGAAGGCUCAACUGGUUUGAAGGGUAUCCACUCUGCCCACCCUGAAGUUUUCGUUCCAUCUGGUGUCAUGGAGCGUGGUAACUUCUCUGCUGCCGCUGGUUUCGGUUUCGGUGGUAACGGUGAGCGUCAAGGUGUUUUCUCUACCUUCUCAGCUUUCUUGGAAAUGUGCUUGUCUGAAAUGACCAUGGCUAGACUCAACCACUGUAACGUUCUCUGCCACUUCUCUCACUCUGGUGUUGAUGAAAUGGCUGACAACACCUGUCACUUUGGUUUGAACCACUUCUUCGCCGACAACGGCUUAGAAGACACCGCACCAACAAGCCUCUACUUCCCAGCUGACGGUGAGCAAAUGAAGGCUAUCGUCAACACCGUUUUCUGGAACGAAGGUAUUAGAAUUGUCUUCUCUACCCGUUCAAAGGUUCCAUAUAUCCUCAAGCAAGGCACUCAAGACAAGCUUUUCGGCGGUGACUACAAGUUUGUUCCAGGAAAGGAAGAAGUUGUAAGAACUGGUUCAGCUGGUUACGUCAUCUCAUUCGGUGACAUGUUGCACCGUUCAUUGGACGCUGUCGAGCGUCUCCGUGAACAAGGUGUUGACGUUGGUUUAAUCAACAAGCCAACUCUCAACGUCGUCGAUGAGGACGCCAUGAAGGUAUACGGCUCUUCACCAUUUGUUCUCGUCGUUGAGUCCAUCUCUCAAAAGAACGGCUUGGGUUCUAGACUCGGUACCCAACUCAUUCAACGCGGAUUCACACCUAAGUACAAGCACAUCGGAUCAUUCCACGAAGGCUGCGGUGGUAUCUCUGACCAAAUCCCUUACCAAAAGCUUCACCCAGCUGACAUUGAAUCUCAAGUCAGAGCGCUUUUGGCUUAA